ACCGCGCAACUAGCCUGGGAACGGGCCUGGAGCGUGACCCCCCCGUCCGCUCCAGGAGCACCCACAAGACGCCUAGUCCUCCUGCCAUACAUGAAGAGUCUCCUCCCCUUUCGGGGAAUGAGGAAGGCAUGGAGUAGCAUUCUCAUCCAACUACGAAAGCAGCGGGUUGGCCUCAACUAUUUCCUCCACCGCAUCGGCGUAGCCGAAUCCCCACGCUACACCUGCAAUGAAGGGGUCCAAACCCCCAAAUACGUCAUCCUCCACUGCCCCCGGUUCCGCCACCAUUGACGGCUCUUCUCCAAGUUGCGAUACUUUGCGCCGGAAGUGGGAUCUGACUACAAAGCAAUGAUCUCAAACCCCGCUGCCACACCUCUGGUGGCCGACUUCAUGCUCCGCACAGGACUACUAGGGCAGUUUAAAGCAGUCCAGGACGCCCAGAUACAGCAGGACGAACUGUCAACAGAUGAGUCCAGCCAAGACGAGAACUGAGUGAAAACAGUGCAGUUUACAGACCCUAGAGCUGAAGAGCACGACUUCCCAGCACAGCUCCUUCCAUGGCCCACCCAGCCGAGCCCACAAC